UUUCACCCAGGGUAUAAUUGGAAGAAGAAUAUGAUCACCUAGGAGAUGGAAUAUUAAACACGGCAUCAAUUGCUAUCACACUACGAGGAAAUAAAAACACGUUGCUAACGUCAUUGUUAUUGAAUUAAAGUGUGACGCAGGUUUGACUGAUAAUUUAAUUUGCGACAACAAUUUAUGAUUUGGAAUUAUUCGGCAGUUGGGUAGCAGAACAGAGAACACUUAAAACAUUGAAACUUUGGAAGAAACUAACUAACAUGGAGUGCAAAAGUAUUUUAAAAUUACUGUUGCUGUGCUUUACAGUAGGGACAUUGGCAAAGGAAUACAAACUCAAUGAUGAUGACAUUAAAGCGUCUUCUGAAAUUCGUGACAAGCGGUCACCUAGUAGAGUUGACUCACACUCCAAUGAAUACCCAUGGGACAAAGUUGAUGCUGGCCGUGGGGCAUCUCUUGCUUCUGAUGACAGCAGAGUGCAUGGAAAAGAGGGACUCCACCUUAAAUCUAUGCUCAAAUUGUGGUCUGAACUGAAACCUCUUGAGAAACGCUCUUGGCGGGAUUUCGUCAUGGCCCAGAAAAGGUAUUGGAGAGACUAUGUUAUGGGCCCAGAAAAUAAAAAGAACUGGAGAGAAUAUGUGAUGGGACCAAGUGGAAAACGCAACUGGAGAGACUAUGCUAUGGGACCUAGUGGAAAAAGAUAUUGGAGAGACCUUGUAAUGGCAAAGAAGGGAGAUGAGGAAUUAGAGAAACGCAAUUGGAGAGAUUAUGUAAUGGGUUCAAAACGCAAUUGGAGAGACUAUGUUAUGGGUUCUAAGAGAGAUAAUGUUGAAGGUCACAAUGAACAUGAUAGUGAAAUAGCAGACAAGCGUAACUGGCGAGACUUUGUCAUGGGAAGUAAACGUAUGAUACGAAAAAGGAGCUUGGAUAACUCCUCUAUUGAAGAAAAUGAUGCUGAAAAUGAGACAAAUGAAAAGCGUAAUUGGAGAGAUUAUGUCAUGGGCUCAAAACGCAACUGGAGAGACUAUGUAAUGAAUGCAAAAAGAAAUUCUGAGACAGAAACUGGAGAUGAAAAUGAGUCAUUAGACAAGCGUAAUUGGCGAGAUUAUGUCAUGGGAUCCAAGCGCAAUUGGAGAGACUAUGUAAUGAAUGCAAAAAGAAAUUCUGAGGCAGAAACUGGAGAUGAAAAUGAGUCAUUAGACAAGCGUAAUUGGCGAGAUUAUGUCAUGGGAUCCAAACGCAAUUGGAGAGACUAUGUAAUGAAUGCAAAAAGAAAUUUUGAGACAGAAAAUGGAGAUGAAAAUGGAUCUUUAGACAAACGUAAUUGGCGAGAUUAUGUCAUGGGAUCCAAGCGCAAUUGGAGAGACUAUGUAAUGAAUGCAAAAAGAAAUUUUGAGACAGAAAAUGGAGAUGAAAAUGAGUCAUUAGACAAGCGAAAUUGGCGAGAUUAUGUCAUGGGAUCCAAACGCAAUUGGAGAAACUAUGAAAUGUCUGAGAAAGGGCACUUGCUUAACUCUUCUGAAGAAGAAAAUGACACUGAAAAUGAGACACUUGAAAAGCGAAAUUGGAGAAACUAUGUUAUGGGAUCAAAACGAAAUUGGAGAGACUAUGUUAUGUCGGAGAAAAGAAAUUCCAAGGAAGGACAAGAAGAAAAUGAUGAGAUGACAGAUAAGCGUAAUUGGCGAAACUUUGUUAUGGGUUCAAAACGUAAUUGGCCAACCCGUGGCAUGCCUUUGAAAAAAGAUUUCGAUGAGGAGACUACAGAUACAGACAAGCGUAAUUGGAGAGACUAUGUCAUGGGAGCAAAACGGAACUGGCGAGACUAUGUGAUGUCUGCUAAAAGGCAUUUAGAUGAUGAUAGUGAGAUCCCUGAGAAGCGUAAUUGGAGGGACUACGUAAUGGGAUCUAAACGAAACUGGAAUGAAAAUGCCGAGGAAGAUGAAACGAUCGAUAAACGCAGUUGGAGAGAUUUUGUUAUGGGGCCUAAAAGAAGUAAGGAAAAUGAGGCAUUUGACAAACGUAAUUGGCGAGACUAUGUUAUUGGGGCAAAACGCAAUGGUAUGAGUAACAAAGUUGACAAACGUAAUUGGAGAAACUUUGUAAUGCCACCUAAUAAGAAAGAUGAAGAAAUAGUGGAUGGAGACCCAGUCCCUGAUGAGACCAAACAUAAAGAGACUGAUAAAGUGACUCUGGUUCGCAAAGUGAAGAAUUGAUUACAAACAGAAAGAAACAUUGCGACUUGGUAACUGAUGUAAUUGUAUUCCCAAUUAUGAAGUUUGAUUCUAAGAAUUGAAUUUUUCUAGAUAUCGUAACCAGAAAUCUGAUAAUUGAUAUUGCAAGUUGCAUUUUAGAGAUAUUCAAUGUUAUUGUUUCCAUGUUGUGGUUCUCACUCUCUCAUUGGUCAUUCACAUACCAUGUGACUAAAAUAAUUACAUUGAUGCAUAUAGAAAUAUUGUAAUUACCAGUGAAUACUAAGCUGCAUUAAAAACUACUGUAGUAAUAUGAUCUUAAUGUAAUUGCUCAUGUCACUGGAAGAAUAUGACACCACAGACAUGGAAUAUAGCGAGGUAUUCAAUGGAUAAUUCUUGGAAAUAAUCAAAUGAAUAUUGCCUUAAUGAUAAAGGUUUAUGGAUG